GACACACCACCAUAGUGGCCACCACUGCUCACUCUCUUUUCUCUAUCUCUCUAAAAUUUCUUCACUGCGUCAAUGGCGACUCAAGGUCAGGUUAUCACAUGCAAAGCUGCCGUUGCUUACGAGCCAAACAAGCCUCUGGUCAUCGAAGAUGUUCAAGUAGCUCCACCUCAGGCUGGUGAGGUUCGGAUCAAGAUCCUUUACACUGCUCUUUGUCACACCGAUGCUUACACUUGGAGCGGCAAGGAUCCUGAAGGUCUCUUUCCAUGUAUCCUCGGUCAUGAGGCUGCUGGAAUUGUUGAGAGUGUUGGUGAAGGAGUAACAGAAGUUCAACCUGGUGAUCAUGUUAUCCCUUGUUAUCAAGCUGAGUGUCGUGAAUGCAAGUUUUGCAAAUCUGGCAAGACUAACCUCUGUGGCAAAGUUCGUUCUGCCACUGGUGUUGGGGUUAUGAUGAAUGACCGCAAGUCACGGUUCUCGGUUAAUGGAAAACCUAUCUAUCACUUCAUGGGUACUUCGACGUUUAGUCAGUAUACUGUUGUUCAUGAUGUUAGCGUCGCUAAAAUUGAUCCCAAUGCUCCUUUGGAGAAAGUUUGCCUUCUUGGUUGUGGUGUUCCCACUGGUCUUGGGGCAGUUUGGAAUACUGCAAAAGUAGAACCAGGGUCAAAUGUUGCCAUCUUUGGACUUGGCACUGUUGGGCUUGCUGUUGCUGAGGGUGCAAAAACAGCUGGUGCUUCAAGGAUCAUUGGUAUUGAUAUUGAUAGCAAGAAGUAUGAAACUGCAAAGAAGUUUGGAGUGAACGAAUUUGUGAACCCAAAGGAUCACAACAAGCCAAUCCAGGAAGUGAUUGUCGAACUCACUGAUGGAGGUGUUGACUACAGCUUUGAGUGCAUUGGGAAUGUCUCUGUGAUGAGAGCUGCAUUGGAGUGUUGUCACAAGGGAUGGGGAACUUCCGUGAUAGUGGGUGUAGCAGCAUCAGGACAAGAGAUAUCAACUCGACCAUUUCAACUCGUGACUGGCCGUGUGUGGAAAGGAACAGCUUUUGGUGGUUUCAAGAGUCGAACCCAAGUGCCCUGGCUCGUGGAAAAGUAUAUGAAAAACGAGAUAAAAGUGGAUGAAUACAUAACACACAACUUGAGCUUGGGAGAGAUCAACAAGGCUUUUGAUCUGUUGCACGAAGGUACUUGCCUUCGUUGUGUCCUCGACACCAGCGAAUGAUAACACCAAUGGUUCUCUCUUCCCUCAUCUCUGUGUUCUUGUGACUUUUGUCUUUUAUCGGUAAUGACAAUUUCCUGAGCAAUGGACUCAAAUCGUGUGUUCUGUCUUAUGCCUCAAUAAAAUUUUCAUUUAAGACCGAAA